CAGGACGCGCCAUUACGCGCCAUUACGCACCAGGACGCGCCACACAGACUUUACCUUCCAGGUCCCUUUGGACCUUUACUUCAAGCAUAUGGAGAGAUCUGACUAACAGGCUCGAUUCCCGGGCAGAGGAGGCCACCCACUCCCUCCCACAGCAGCACCGACCCACCUGACGGAGUCGGAGUGAAUCCAAACCAAAAUCUUCUUUCACUCGGAUUUGGCUUCUUUUUUUUCUUUUUUUUUUGAAGGACUACUUUUUUUCUUCCAAAACCUCAAAAUCAACACAUCUUUAUACAGAAAUAGAGAUCCUGACAGGCACCAGGGAGACUUGUAUCCACCUGCCCGGAUGGAGCCGUUAGUGGACGGCCCCCGGCCGCGCUCCGACAGCGCCAGCAGCUCCACGUCCCAGAGCUCCAGGUCCAAGACGCUGCUGCGCCAGCGGCUCUCGCAGCUCAUGACCUGCAUCGAGGACCUGAGCUCCGACGACGAGGCCGGGGAGGAGGUGUCCCGCACCCUGGACGAGGCGUUCCAGCUCUGCGGCCGCUUCCAGCCCACCGACGCAUUCAGGGUCCACGUCGUGACCUGGAACGUGGCCACGGCGGAGCCGCCGGAGGAUUUGUUCUCUCUGCUGCAGCUGGAUGAGCCGACAUGCCCGGAUCUCUAUGUGAUUGGUCUGCAGGAGGUGAAAGCCACUCCGCUGAAGUUCAUGUCAGACCUGAUGUACGAGGAUUCCUGGAGCCACCUCUUCAUGAACACGCUGGCACCCAGAGGCUUCGUGAAGGUCUCGUCCGUGAGGAUGCAGGGUUUGCUGCUGCUGCUCUUCUCCAGACAGAUCCACCUCCCCUUCGUCAGGAACAUCCAGACCACCUACACUCGCACCGGCAUCUUCGGAUACUGGGGGAACAAAGGCGGGGUGUCGGUGCGAUUCUCCUUCUACGGUCACAUGGUGUGUCUGCUCAACUGCCACCUGGCGGCGCACAUGAACAACGCUCUGCAGCGCGUGGACGAGUUCGAGCACAUCCUGGACACGCAGGAGUUCGACUUCUUUGACAACCCUCAUGUUCUGGACCACAAGCUGGUGUUCUGGUUCGGGGAUCUGAACUUCCGUAUCCAGGACCACGGCCUGCACUUCCUCCGCUCAUCCAUCAACAGUGGACGCCUGAACCUGCUGUGGAGCAAAGACGAGCUCAUCAUGAUGAAGAAGAAGGAGCCCUUCCUGCAGGAGUUUGAAGAGGGAGCUCUGAACUUCAAACCCACCUACAAGUUUGACCGUAGAUCUGACACCUACGACAGCAGCGGGAAGAAGAGGAAACCGGCCUGGACCGACCGGAUCCUCUGGAGAGUUAAACCCAAAAGCCUGCCGUCGGAGGGGGGCAGCGACGAGGACGAUGAGGACAAGGCGUCCUCCUCCACAGAACCUGAGGACGAUGAAUAUCCGGUUCUGGUGACCCAGAACAGAUACAGCAGCGACAUGAGCUACGGCGUCAGCGACCACAAGCCUGUCGUUGGCAACUUCACCCUGGAGUUGAGGAAGACCGCCGAGCUGCCGCUGGUGAACGUGUCUCCUGUCGGGGAAUGGAGCGCCGACCAGGACGGAGAGCUGACCUACACGGUGCAGGACGACUUCCUGUCCUCCACCUGGGACUGGAUCGGCCUCUACAAGGAUGGAUUCAAGACUGCGUCCGACUAUGAAAGCUUCAUUUGGGUCCGAGAGAACGAGCUGCCGGAGAUUAAUGAGGUCAUACAGAUUCCCAUGGGCAAGGAGAAGCUCCCGCUGAAAGGUGGAUAUUAUCUUUUAGGUUACUUCAGCACAAACAUGCAGAGCCUCGUGGGACUCAGCGCCGCCUUCCAGAUCCUGGAGUCGAAGCGCGCGGCCAGGGAGGACGUCAACGGGAUCAACAAAUAGGAGCAGAUCCUCCUCCUCUGUGCUGUUUCAGACUUUACAAACCCCCGUUUCCAGAUGAGACGACUCUCUGUGUCGUCACCUGGACUGGAAAUGUCAAUCUGCUAUUUCCUACUCUGCCUUUCAGAAUGAUGAAAAAGAAAAUCACGUUAACGGGUAGCCGACCCGUUUACCUGCAAGCGUUUAUUUUUUUUAGCCUGUUGCAGUUCACAACUGCACAGGUGAUUUAAAACACAUGUUGGCUUUGCUUUCUAAGCAGCUUAUGUGGUAUUUAAUGGGACACUCGUGCUUUUUUUGGUGCUUGCAUGAUUGACAGCACCGGUUAUGCAACAGAAACCAGAGAGAGAUCAAUCACUGGAGCCAGUUAUUCAGAUCAUUCCCAGUUUUAGCUCACGCCGUCUUAAUGAGAACGCAUCCAUCUGUCGAUUGAGCCGUCUGAGUUCGUGCUGCUGAUUAUUUCGAGCCACGGCACCCUAGGGUCCUUGAGGAGGCGAGACUACGCUCGUACUCCGAUGUGACGUUCACUCCCACACGGAGCUGGUUUGUGUCAUACUUUGUAACAAGAUGUGCAAUAUCUAUUUAACAACAUGUGGAGUGUACAUCGUGACAGUCAGCAGAAUCAAAAUGAUAUUUUAUUUUUAUGUGGAUUUAAACAGUUUGAAUUAUACGGGACAGGUUUCCUGUUUCAGUGCAAAAAUGAUGAUUGUUGUCCGAAAACAAAGUGUCUUUACGUGUCAGAAAUGUGUGUUUGUGGUUCUUUCAUUGAUUUCCCUGCACGUGUGCGUUGAUUUCCU